UCAUCUCUUAUAAUUACUCACUUAUAUCAAGUAUCGAUAAGUAUCGUCUAAUCAAACAUUACACUUCUUCUCUGUAUCUCGAGCCCAAACUAAAUUGAGUAUCGAUACUCCAAUUUAGCAACUAUUUUUAAGAUGGCGCAUAGUCGUGUUACGCAAUGGGCUACUAUGACAAGAACAUGGUGGAUCUAUGAUGCAAAUUAUCAGUGUCCUUUUAAAACUGCCUACAGACUGCUGCCAUACCUUCAGGGUCUUAAUAAACCAGUAUAUCAUAGUGAUAGUGAUGUAGGUGAUCAUGUUGUAGUCUUCAACACUAAGCACAUAGCCAUGAGGGGGGAUUUCUGGAGGACCUUCAAACAUUUUCAUCACACAAAAUUUGCUGGUGGCUUUUCUCGUGCAUCAGCUUGGAGAGUCCAUGAAAUGGAUCCAACCAGAAUAUUGGAAAGAGCAGUUUACAGUUGUCUAGCAGGUGUUGAAACUAGGAAAAUGAUGAUGAAGCGUCUCCACCUGUACCCAGAAGAAGAUGUUCCAGAGAAAAUUUUAGAAAAUGUUACUGGUCAAAUACGUCAAGUUCAGAUAGUGCCAAAGAAAUUGACAGAUUACUCUCAGGAGGAAAUAGACAAAUUUCCAAAAUUGUUUGAGUAUCCUGAAGACUAUGAUGUCGAGGGUUAUAAACGUGAGAAUCGACAAGAACCUGACCAGCACACAAGCAUGAAGUGGAGGUUGAAAUAGCCUGAAUGUUUCUAGUGCUGUGUUGCGUACAUGUGGGGAGUGUAUGUUUAAGAGCGUGAUAUUUUAUCUGUUUUUUGUAAUUUUUCCCUUUUAAGUCACAAUAUCAUUUUGUUAGUUCUGAUAUCUAGAAUGUAAAUAUGAAUUAAAAA